CCUCCCUCCCUCUCUCCCUGUGUGUGUGCUGGCAGUGGCAGAGGUGAGUCGCCGCCGCCGCCGCCGCUGCUGUUCACUCGGCUCCCUGCUCCAGCGCUGGGGGGAGAAAAAGCGGCCGACGGACGGAUUAUCCAGCUCGGUAACGUUAGCUCCUCGGCUAACGGUCAACGCAAGUAAACCGAGCAAAGAGCCAUGAAAAGCCGCCGGAGCCAGUGAAAGUUAGUCACGGCUUACUUCGGGACUUUAAUGUGCGGAAACACACAAAAAAGGAGGUUAGCGGAUCAUGCCGUCGCCCCCAACGGGGACUUUUCUCUAGAUUUUCCACUUGGGAAAGGCUAGCUCAGGGGCUAGCGAGGCUACAAACUAUUUUUAAUUGGCUUUGGGCUCAAUGGCUCUCGCUUGUUUUUCCCUGUCAUAGCGACAGCUUGGAAAAUUGAAACGGGGAGAGGCCCUGUUGAACUUCAUGACAAACCAAAGCCCGGCUUUGAAGCGUUACUUCGGAAGACUAGACUGGCAAAGGACCCGAAAAUGAAGAAGCAGUUCAAUCGGAUGAAACAGCUCGCCAAUCAAACAGUUGGCAGAGCGGAGAAAACAGAAGUCCUCAGCGAUGACCUCCUACAGAUCGAACGGCGCAUGGAGCUGGUGCGCGUGGUGUCCCACAACACACACAAGAGGAUGGUGUCAUGUCUACAGGGACACAUCGGUGCAGACGCAGAGAAGAGACAUAAAAAGCUUCCUCUGACCGCACUGUCCCAAGCGAUGGUGGAAGGUGGAAACCAACUGGGAGAAGAAUCCUUGAUAGGGAAGAUGAUGGAAGUGUGCGGCGAGGCUGAGAAUCGCCUGGCAUCAGAGCUGAUGCAGCAUGAGCUGCAGAUAGAGAAGGACGUUCUGGAUCCCCUCAGCCAGCUAGCAGAGGUGGACAUCCCCAACAUCCUGAAGCAGAGGAAACAGCUGGCCAAACUGGUGCUGGACUAUGAUUCUGCCAGAGCAAGAUGGUUGCAGGCAACCAAGUCAAUAAUCUCAGGAACAAAUACACAAGCACUGACGGCCAAGGCUGACCUGCUCAAGGAGGAGGUGGAUGAGGCCAUGAACAAAGUGGAGCUUUGCAAGGAUCAACUCGCUGCAGACAUGUACAGUUUUUUCUCUAAAGAAGGCGACUAUGCCCGCUUCUUCGUAACGCUCUUAGAGGCUCAAGCUGAUUACCACAGAAAGUCUCUCACUCUUCUGGAGGGUGUCUUGCCAACCAUCCAGGCUCAGCAAGACUCGUGGACGGAGAAGCCUGCGUUUGGCACGGGGCUGGAUGAACACCUGAAGAGGAGUGGACGGGAGAUCGCCCUGCCUAUAGAGGCCUGUGUCAUGAUGCUUCUAGAGACUGGCAUGAAGGAAGAGGGUCUAUUCCGAAUCGCAGCAGGAGCAUCCAAGCUAAAGAAGCUAAAGGCGGCGUUGGACUGUUCCACUUCACAACUGGAGGAGUUCUACUCCGACCCCCACGCUGUUGCUGGAGCACUGAAGUCCUACCUGAGGGAGCUCCCUGAACCUCUAAUGACCUACCAGCUUUAUGAUGAAUGGAUCCAGGCAUCCAGUGUGUCAGACCCAGAUAAGAGGCUCCAGGCCCUCUGGGUUGUAUGUGAUAAGCUACCAAAGAACAACAAAACCAACCUGAGGUAUCUGGUGAAGUUUUUAGCCAAACUGGCUCAGGACAGCGAGGUGAACAAAAUGACUCCCAGCAACAUUGCUAUCGUCCUGGGACCCAAUCUGCUCUGGGCCAAGACUGAGGGGAGUCUGGCUGAGAUGGCUGCAGCUACCUCUGUGCACGUGGUGGCCAUCAUGGAGCCCAUCAUCCAGCACGCAGACUGGUUCUUUCCUGAGGAUGUGGAGUUCAACGUGUCCGGCAUGUUCGCGAUGCCCAUACCCGCAUCCAACCACAAUAAUCACCUAGAUUAUGACUGCAGCACCAUAGAGAGGAAGAGGCCUGGCAGUAUGGUGGGACCAGAGAACGACGCAACGCGCAAAGACAACACCUCUAACAAGCACUUGGACCACACCCUUCGUAGAGGCAGUAACACCUUAGGUAGAAAGCAGCACACUUCACCUGCCUUCCAGCCUCCUUUACCCCCUGUGGAGGCUCCAGGGCAGGGGCACGGGGCCGGGCAGGUCCCCCAGCCCUCGGCCGAGCCCCAGCCCCAGCCACAGCCACAAGCUCCUCCAGGGGGUUCAGGGCCUGACAGUGCCCAGCAUAGCUUGGCGCAGGGUUUGGCUGCUCUUGCAGCCGCUCAGCAGCUUCUAGCCCAGCAUACAGAAGAGCUCAGCAACCCAAAGCUACGUGAGUCCACACCCGCCCCGACCCCUCUGCUCCAGAGGAAUGGCUCUGGAGGAGGGGGCCAGGCUGCAGGACAGCUGGGCACUGGGAACACUGGGGCUGGAUCCAUGGGGCCCAGUCCUCACAUGAUGCGCAGAGGUACCAAGAAGCAGGCUCCCGCCCCUCCCAAACCGACAAACCCUCCUCCCAGCCAGCCCUGCAAUUCAGUCAACCACACCUCUUCCUCUGGCUCCUCCCAGUCCCUCAGCCCCACUCCCAGACCCCUGUCCGGCCACUCGCCCACCUCGCCAACCUCUCCCACCUCCCAGCCAUGCGCCACGCCCAGACGCCACUCCAGCAACCAGCCGCCGAUCCAGGCGCCCAGCCACCCGCCCCCGGAGCCCCCGACGCAGGCCAGCCCCCCGGCGCCGCUCAGCGGGGACCAGCAGAGCGCGGAUCCCUCCCCUCCAAGCACCCCGACUCCUCCGGACACCCCUCCGCCCUCCGCCGCCAACCAGGACGCGGCCGCUCCUCCGUCCCCGUCUCCCUACCAGUCGGGCUCUCUCCCCAGGCCACGACCCGUCCCCAAACCCCGGAACAGACCGAGCGUCCCGCCACCACCUCAACCGACCACACUGAACAGUGAUACUAACGGGAUCUGUGCCACUGCCUACAAGAUGAUGGACCCGGCCAUGUCUUUCAAAGGACUGAGUCGAGCUUUGGUCCCUGAGCUCGCUGUAGACCAGCAGCCAGCGACGGCCCCCUCCUCCUCCUCCUCCUCCUCCUCCCCUCCCUGCCUCUACCAAAAGACUGUGACCUGGACACUGAGAGCACUGUCCUAUAAGGAGGAGACGACGACACGCUCUGGUCCAGUUCUCCCUCUCUCCACUCAUCAUACACAAACACACCUCCAUUUUAGUCUCCUUUUGUUUAGUUUUUUUUUUUGUCCCAGCCCAUAUCUGCAGCCCUCCUCAGAGAGACCAACCCCUGCUGUUAUCUUCUCCCAGUCCACAGUAAAUGAAGGACUUUAAUGUGACAUAAUGCAGCUUCUGGCAGCCAUGAUGGAGGUCAGGUACACGGUGUUUGCAUGGUAGACCUGGUUAAUAUCAGCAUAACUCUGAUGGUGUGUUAAAUUCUCAGCUUUUUAAAAGGGAAACCAAAGCAUCGGUUCAGCUACACAUCAGUUAAUCCUCUUGUGAGCACAUUUGAUUUGUGCACUAAUUAACUGAUGUAGCUGAAGCGCAUUAACAUCACUCACUUUUAAAACGACUGAUGCAGAUUAGUUGGAUUAGCUCGGAAUCCAAAACCCAUACUCGCUUUAAGUUAUUCGUCAGGUUUUAAGCGGACAAAACAACCAACCUGAAUAUGUAAACUUAGGUUUUGGGAAACUGUAAUUAGCUUUUUUUUUUUUUUUUUUUUGAUCGUUUCACAGACCAAAAAGAUUAAUUGAUAAGGAAAUAUUGGUUAGUUGCAACCUGAGUCACAUGGCAAAUCACCACACUCACUCUUGAAACUGUUAUUAUUAGCCAUUAUUUACUACAGACAGUCCUCCUGACCUCCAUAAUGGUGCCAGAUGUGGUUGCGAGGAGACUUGAUACAAAGACUACACAUAGAUACACACACACACACACACACACACACACACCACCUCUGUCAUUAUACCCCACUCCCUGCAGAACAACCUCCAGACAAUCAACAACAAAGAGCAGAGCGUGAGGACUGAAGAUUGACCAGUACGCCGACGGACGGCUGUGUUAGCAGUGGUGCAUAUAGCAAUAUGAAGCGUGUGGGUACAAGGGAGAAUGGGUGGGUGAGGGGAAGCCAAACUAUGGACUGACCCGUUUGGAUUUUUGGUGUGAGGUGUUUUGUAUUUUUUAAUGUUGAAAAAUGGCCUUAUAAGAUGAAUAAAUAAAAAAAAAAGGUGAGGUGUUUUUUCAGCACAGGGGGAGGGAGGGGAGGUCAGCAGGUGAAGUAGAAACCAAAACUGUUGCUUAAAGUGUAGCUGGUGACUGCAGGUUUCCAGUCGUCUCAAACACUUGAUUUCCCCCCCUUUUUUUUUUUGGUAUGGAAACCCCUUCCUCUUUUUUCCCCCCUCCUCCUCCUCCUCACUCUUGUAUUUAUUUACCAAGUUAAAAACACACAUUCCCUGUGGCUUGACAUAAUUAAUGCAGUCUUUAAAUGUAAAUCAUGCCUUAUCGGUUCCUCCCAGAACCACGUAAUAAGCAUUAUAUAUUUACUGUAUGGAGGAUAUACUUGGCUCCCAGUACUACAGUAUUUCCAAGAAGCUGUCUUGGCAACAGUUAUCGUUUCAGGGAUGUAAGGAAGGUGAUUUGACCCUCUGCAAUAGAAGUCGUGUAUGGUUCUGUAUUGUUCCACAAAAGUUGUGUAUUUAAAUGUGUUGAUUUCUUGGGUUUUCUGAGCAGAAGUAGCAGGGUUAACUACCCUCCCAGCCUGGACGCAGUCAGUAUUUUUGCCUUUCUGUUUUUUUUUCUUUCCCCCCUCCAUCUAUCUUUUGUGUUUUCUCUGGUGUUUGCCGGGGCAUUACACACAACAGGCUGCGUGUGAGUGAAUGUAGCGAAAGGACAGUUUUUACCAGCCUCUUGAUCGUGAACGGAAAGAUGCAUAAACAGCUGAUAUUGCACUUGAGCGCAGGCCAAUGAGUGGUUUCCUAGUUUAGAGGAUUUUUUUUUCCAGUCUUUCCCACUGAGCUGAGAGCACACGCUGCUGUGAAACCUCAGUAGUGAUGUGGUGUUAGAUUUUGCCAGGUUCAAAGUUUUUUUUUAUUUUUUAAAUGGCUUUGUUGUAUUUUCUGUGUAAGCUUUUGCUUUUUGGCCUCAAAUAUAUUGCAGAGUUUGGUUCCCAGAGAACUGACUCGAUAUGGUACCAAUGGAGAGAGUCUCAGAUGCUGCAGUUGCCCUGAAAACGAGUCAAGUUGUGUUUUUCAGAGACAAUCAAGCAUUAUAAUCCCCUCCUUUCUCUCUUUGCUCCUGUACCUCGCUGCCUUAUCCCUGUGCAUCAAGAGAGCUUUGGUAUCUCAAAGCUCUUUCGAGACAAACAAAUGCCAUUAAACUAGAAAUGAUAAUGCUGCGUUUUUAAGCUCCAUAGUUUUGUAUGUAUGCUGUCUGGUGAGCUUAAACAUGGAAUAAAAACAUGAAUGCUUGGUUAUACUCCCUUUCCAAAGAAAAUAAAGUAUAUGAAGAAACUGUUUAAAA